CGAUAACAGAUACGGUUGCGUCUUCGGUCACGGAAGCAAAAUAGCAGGAGAAGAAGCGGUUCCUAAACCGCAGUGAGCGUAGUUGGCGUGGCGAAAAAAAAGUCGUGUAUUUAAGGGGCUGUAUCUACACUUACCGGGGCUCGUGUGUGCUUGUUGACAGUGAAACACUAGCCUGCUGUCCUUACCUCAGAGGCAGAGCUGUCGUUGAGCCGGACUGCCCCGAGUGAGACCAGCACCAGCGCAGCGAGCAGCAGCAGCAGCACUGCACUGGCUGCGCUCCGCCUGCGCUCCGUCUGCACAGCAGCACUCGGCCCUUCAGUCAACGGGCUCAUUUUCAGUCUUUAUUCCCUCACUGUUCCUCUUUUUCUACAUUAUACCAUCGCUUUUGUGACCUGAGGCUAACGAGUGAUGGGUCAGGAAACAGGCAAGCAUUCCUGGCCAAAACCAGCUGGUGGCUACCAGACAAUAACGGGGCGAAGAUAUGGCAGGAGACAUGCAUACAUUAGUUUCCGACCAACUCUAGCAAAGCAAAAAUGUGCAACAGCAGAGGACCGGUUGGAAUGGCAAGAAAUGGAAAUGAACAGUGUCCAAAGAGAGAACUCUUUAUCAUCCAAAGGGAGUUUCUCUUCAGUGUUCCAAGCCAUCUUUCCUGUGACUGCUAAUUCAGUUCAUCCUGAAGCAAGCAAGAACAAAGAUUUCCUUAAUAGGAAGCAGCCGGUCUCCACUAAAGACAGUGAAGCCUUGAACUGCAAAAUAUUUAUGUGUGACCAAGUCAUGGACUGUGACCCUCAGAUUUUGUUGGGUUCCAAAGAAAGUUCAGAUACACAUGUGUGGGCCACAGAAGAGAAGAAGGAUGACAGUCCUCAUGGCUCAAACAUGCUGAGCUUUGUAAAUAUUGACUCUUAUGAGCCGGACAGCAGUGAUGGUGAGGAAGAGGAUGAGACCAGUACGAAUCAGUCGCUGGGUCUACAAAAAAGGGUUGAUGACAUGAUUUCUGAACUGGAGAAGGAGUUUGAUCACCUUGGUGAUGUGAACUCUUACUUGUACACUACAACAUGGGAAGAGGCAGCUUGUUCCACUGAAGAAGCAUCAUCUGAGAAAGACAUUAAGGUGCUCAGUCCAGAAAGGAGAGGUUUUCAGAGACUGGGCUUGGUAAAUGAGCAAAGCAUCGACUUGUCUCACGUUCACAGCAACACACCAAGCAAGCAAGAUGAGUCAGAGAGCGAGGUGUGUCUAAGUCAUCAUAAAAGUCUUGACUGUAAGGAUUCAAGGACAUCCCAAGGGGAAAUGGUGGUCAGACCAAAAGUUCGCAAACAGAUAGACUGCAUUCCAGGUGAGCUUAAGCCCCAAGAGGAGAAGAGAGAAGAUGCAGAAAUCUAUAGCAAAAUUGAAGAUGAAGAUGAACAGUGGGAGGAUGUGGAGGAUACUGUUGAGAAGUAUGCCACAUUAAUGAUAGAAGACACCAGAUCUGAAUGCAGCGAUGGGGAGUGUUCCACUGCCUGGACUUCAGGUGUGGAUGAAGAUCCCUGUUCCAGCAAUGAGAGCUGGGAGACACUGCUGGGCUUUGACCAAUCAGAACUAGAGGUGCAAAGCAACGGAAGUAGCCUAGAUGAAGAGCCUGAGCUGAACUUCAUUCCUGAAGACCAAAUGUCACUGGAGGAAGGUGAGAUUCCAUGGCUUUCAUAUCAUGAGGAGACAGACAGCAGCAGUGAUGAAGACCCAGAGGGGAUGAGCCACUUCGUUCACCCAGGACUCUUUAUGCUCGAUGGAAACAACAACUUUGAGGAUGAUUCCAGUGUGAGCGAAGACUUUGAUGCAGAAUGGAGGUUUUUUGAUGACUUUGGAGAAGGGUUCACGAUGGCUCAAGCUAUCUCCUACAUGGACCCACAGCUGUUCACUUACAUGGCACUGGAAGAGCGGCUCGUCCAGGCCAUGGAGGCAGCACUAGCGCACCUCGAGUCUCUUGCAAUUGAUGUAGAGCAAGCCCACCCCCCAGCCUCUGAAGACGUCAUUAGCUGUCUGCCUCAGAUCACAGUGUUGGAGGACUAUUGUGGUAAGGAGCAGUGCUGUGCCAUCUGCUGCGCCGAAUACAUCAAAGAGGAGAUUGCCACAGAACUUCCAUGCCAUCACGUUUUCCACAAAAUAUGUAUAACUCUCUGGCUGCGGAAGUCUGGCACAUGCCCAGUGUGUCGUCACGUCCUGUCCCCUGGUGUAUCGGACACCUUGGCAUCAACAUCCUUCGUCUCCGAUCACGAUGCUCCACCAUCCAGCCACAGCACAGCGGGAACACGAUGAAAUCACAUCUACUAUUGAAAAUACAAGAAAUCACCUUUUAUUUCUUAGCUAAAAAACACUAUUUCCACAGUGUAACGUUGUUCACUUGACAUCUUUAUUGUUGUUUGUUGUUAAUUUUGUUUAGUUACGUUGCAAGCUAAGAAUGCCAGAGAAAGUUUUGCUGAUUAUGAUGUAUUUUUGCUCUAAUAAAGGAGAUAAGAAAU